UGAAACUGAAUAUAAAAAUUAUUUAUUGCAACAACUGAAUCCGAAUUUUGAAGUAAUAAAUGAUCCCCAUUAUAGUAUGAGAUUAACUUUUCUACGAAAUUGUCAACUCUUAUCGGUAAGUUGUCUCUCCGUUGAAAACUCUGUUCUUAAUAUUAUUGAAAUUGCUUUCCACCCGACAAAAUAAUAUUAAUAUUGAAGACAAUUUAGGAUCAAACAUAAGUAGAGACAACUGUGCAAAUAAUUAUAAUUCACAUACAGUUUCUUCCAAUAAAAGCUUCAACAACAAAUGCCAUUUGAAUAAUCAAGAACUUGAUACAGAUUGUAUAGAUGAAGUAUUUAAUAUCAGUGACAUUAAUAACAGUUCAAACCAAAAUACUUUACAAAUUGAAGAAGAUAACGAAAUUGAACUUAAUGAAAACAGAAAAACCUCAACGGCGAAAACUUUAAAUAAAGAACUUGAUACAAACAUAAUAUGUUUGCCAUGUAAAAAUGGAGAUUUCCCGACAGGCAUACAUAGGUGUACAUUUUGUAAUAAAUCUGUACACCUAUUUGGUUGUUCGGUAAAGCAUGUUGAUAACGAAGAAUCGCGUAUAUGUUUGUCAUGUUUUAACGAAUUACAAGAAAAAGACGCCGAAGAACAAUGACAAAAAAAAAGAAAAACACCGAAUCAGUCCCACAGUCGAGCUGCAAACUCGUAUCUUGUUUCGCAACCAGGAUUUGAUCAUUUAGAUUUAAACCAGAAAGGUUCUAUAAAGUCCAUAAUAUUUUUAAAAAAUGGGAACACUUUUCAAAAUAAGCCACCAUGCAUUUUACCUGAAAUAGGUAAAGUCAUUCUCAACAAUAGUUGUUCGCCAGACUCGUUAAUGUCAAUAUUAGCCUGUGCUGCAGCAGACAGUGAUGUUUAUUUUAAAUUUUUAUCUGGCAUAUAAAAAAAAGAUAAAACUGCAAAAUUUAUCAAAAGUAUGCUAAAUACAAAAACAAAAAAAAUGAUGCAUAAAGAACGAAUACUAUUAUUAGCCCCAUAUUAUCUAUCAAGGGACAAACAACUCGUUGGUGGCAUUAGUAUGAUAGAUGCAAUGGAUACAGUGUCAUCAACAACACAUAAAUUAUUGAAAAAUAUGCCCUCAUACAAGAAAAUAAAUCGUUGUACAAAUUUCUUGUGCGAAGAAUUUUCCAUAGACCAAAGUUGUGAAAUUAUAACUUUAACUGCUAUUGAUGAGAAAAUAGGUGUCCAAAAAGAAAUAGAUAGUUUUUUAAAAACUGAAUCAAUAAUAUGUUCCCACUGUAACUCAGUAAGGAAUAUUACAGUGAGUGUUAAACAAAAUGUUUUGAUUGAGCUGGUUUCUCUUCCAAAAGAACUUGAAGCAUCAACAAGUGUUCCCGACAUUAAUAUUAUAAGUGAAGUACAACAAAAUUAUGCUGGAGAAAUAAUGUGGACAUUAGAUGAGAUACCAAAAACAUUAAAUCUAAAAGGUCGUACAUAUUACAUCCGGGGAAUUAUUAUAUUUAAUAGUGGUUUACGUACAGGGUUCAGAAUGAAAAGUGGUCACUAUAAGGCUAUUCCAUGUAGGACAAAUAAGUUUUGGGAAGUGUAUGAUGAUUUAAAAGACAAUAUUACACAACCAAAAUCAAUACAAAAUAAUGUCGAACUUCUAAUAUAUACACUUUAAUAAUGUCUACGAUACCAGCAAUAAUAUUUAUUUGUAUG